UGCCGAGAAUGCUCAACUAUGCAUAAUAAUGUGUUUCUUGGUUCUGAUGGUUUAUUGGAGUUAAAACCUUAAAAUUAGAUGUACUGUAGUCUUCUACCUAUCAAAAACUAGAUUGAUGAUGGCAUUGGUUAUCUUGCUCGAGAUUUGCAAUAUUUGUAAAUAGAUUAAAUUCAAAAGUGAGGACUUAACUAAAUACCAUGUUUCUAUAAGAGUUGACUUUAAGCCAGCCAGAUCGAUUGACCUUUGAAAUGGUAGUCACCCUCCUGCUUAACAUUCAUGUUGGGUUCUGAAGUGGUGCUCAUGUUCAAGAUGCUAAAGCAUGGAGGAAGUAAAGCCAUGGAGCUAAUCUGCCACCAAUGUGAAGGUACAUCAUGAUCCUGUCUCAGUAGACCUAACAAUUUUCCACCAAUGAACACAGGAAGCUUGAUGAGAUGAUGGACAGAACAAUUAACAUCAAGCUCGUAGGAGAGCAUCUCGAUGGCAUGGGCACACGCAGCAUGAGCUCGAAGGGAAGACCACCACUGCCUUCAACGGUGCCGGAGACGCUAACCGAGAGAUGGAAGUCAAAGUUCGAUGAUGCAGCUCGAAGGCAGUGUGAGAUAGCUGGGUUCAGGUACGGAGGGACAUGUGAAGGAAGGAGAAUGACAGUGUUCACCUUGGAGUUACGCUGGAAACCAUAGCUAAGAUCUUCAAAUAUUAGGGAAGUGACUGACAUCUCUCAAUCUCAAUCUCUUCAUGGUUCCUUGGCAAUCGAGUUUUUGUCACCUCAAGAUCUUCUAAGAAUAUGUGGAUGAUUUCCUUGGACUAAACAUUCCUGUGCUAACAUGAAUCUUUGACAUUUACAGUGAUGCAGGAGCUAAGAAUGGCCAGCGUGCGUACAUACAGAUCAAAUCGAAGAAACAGUGAUUUUGAUGUCUAGCAUUUGUCGUCAUGCUUUGAUGAAGAUUGAUGCUUCGCAAUGGGAUGUCAUCUACUGGGAUAUGGCGGAUCAAAUCUCGAUCCCAAGAACACCAGAAAAAGCCUUAUUCCAUGACUCACCCACCUUCUUCGAAUGAAUCACCGGAUCAGCCAAGCAAAGAAUACUCUGUCUCGUCAUUGCACAGUGAUUUGUUCUUGGCAUCGUCAUGGCUCACACGAUAACCAAAUCUGCGAUUUAGUGAAAGGGAGAUUUAAGUAUCUUCUUCCUCAUUUCCUUUUAUGGGGAAUUCGAGAUGUGGCCAUGGCGGAGCCAAGUCUUUGCCUUGGGAUACCUUCACAGCGUCGCCAAUCUUGAUCGGGCAGGAACAGUACAGUAUGCCAAGGGGAUGCUAUUCCGAGGGGCCAUCUUUGGCUCCACGAACGCCCAAAGGCUACUUGCCAUCAGCUUCACACAUGCAAAUAAAUGAGAGAGGCGAAAGGGACUUUCUCUUAUCUCGCGCGUGGAAGGCAUCCUUAAGCCUUCCUUACCUUUCUUCAUCCAUUGCUAGAGAUGUUGUUCUUGCAGAAUUCGACGUGCCGCAAACAGACAAGGUUUUCGAGCGUCUAUGUCGUCUCUUUCACAUCAGCAGCACAAAUUGCAGGGACUACAGAUGCAUUUUAUCCACGCGAAAAAACAAAUCCUUAUCUACAUAGCCGGCUAUCCAAGAUAAAAAGAGGCAUCAAGAACUGACCGGCAGCAUCAAAGAUUUGAUUGCAACUGAUGUAGCGAUGCCGGUGGUGGUGUACGGGUAUGGACAGAUUGGAAGAUUCUUUGUUCUUCCGUUCUCGGCAGCAGCUGGCUUAUCUCUUCCGAUCAUACCUUUCAGAGAUACCCAAGUCAAAGGAUAAGAGGAAGGAAAAGCUUAGUACAAUUUGUAACGUGGCCUCCAUGAUGCAACCUCAAGGUUCUUCAACAGCAGCAGCUCAUCUCUCUCUCUCUCUCUCAAAUGUAGGAUGGUGAAGCAGCAGAUGCGGAUAGAAUUCCCUGUGUCUGCACCACCGAGACGCCGUACGGCCCAUUGCUUUCGCUGGUUUUGGCCCUCUGUUUCUUUUCCAUGGAUUAAGCAUCAUCACUUUCGGAUUGGCAUGCACAAACCGAAGCUUUCUCUUGAAGUCUAGCAUGGGUUUUGCAGAGAGGUCAUACUGUCGAUGCAAGGCUGGCAUGUCUCUGAUGUAGCUUGGUCUGCUUGUUGGUGCGGAAGAAACAUUGUCUGCAUUCGAUGAUGAGACCAGUAAACCUACAUGACAUUCAUCUUACAAAAUGCUCGAGAUACAAGUCAAUGCUUCUCAUGUCUUUCCGCUUUCAUGUUAGGAAACAACGAGUGAAGCUUGGAAGACUAGAGGGGAGCAAAAGCAGGAUAUCAUAGGACACGGUUUCGCCAAACAGCAAAGCUUAUUCUCUUCCAUGUAUGUAACCUUCAAAAAGGUCUGCAGGAGUCGUCAGCUAAUGAGAAAAGAGAGAAUUCAUACUUCCUGGCAUCGGAAACUGAUGCCUGCCUUAUCUGUUCAUCUCGGCUCGAAGAAAGUACACAACCCAACUUGAUCUACACACUAGUAGAAAGAUACUACUGUCCCUUUCGGAUCAUUGCAGUGAGAGCAUGCAUCAUCAAAUAUCUACCGAUCAUGACUAGAAUUGUUCCAAACCGAUCGACUUUUCUUCCUAUAUAAACACCAACGUCAGACAGCACAAGUCAAGUUCAAGUCUUCUGAGGUAAGCCACAAGCAUUACAUCGAAGGAUGGACAAGGUGAUGAAGCUGGCGUCGCAACGGGCGGUGGUGGUCUUCAGCCGUAGCAACUGCUGCUUCUGCUACAGCGUGAAGAGCCUGUUCCAUGAGCUCGGCGUCAGCGCUGCCGUCCACGAGCUCGACGAGGACCCGAGCGGGCCGGAAAUGGAGAAGGCCCUCGCCAGGCUGCUGGGGCGCAAGCCGCCGGUGCCGGCCGUGUUCAUCGGCGGCCAGCUGGUUGGGUCCACGGAGAAGAUCAUGACGCUGCACCUGGGUGGGGAUCUGGUGCCGCUGCUGAGAGAUGCAGGAGCUCUGUGGCUCUGAGGAUGACUACAUACCGUGUGUUGGUUCUCAUGUCUCCUUCCUUUCCUCCUCCUCCUCCUCCUGUUCUUGCUGUUGCUGCCUGUAAUGUGCGAGUAAUAAUGCAGAGUCGUCUUCUUCAA